AAACGCAAUAAAAAGUUGCUUACAUCUUAUGUAUUGUACAGACUGCAAUCAGCUGUUGGAGAAAUCAGUAUAAUUUUCCCAGAAGCAGGACAGGCACUCUGAUUAAAAUGAAAACGACUUUUAUGAUUGUUGCGAGCCUUCUUCUGUGUGUCCUGCACGUCCAGCAAGCGAUUGCCAAUUGUAAGUUUGCCAUGGAGAAACGAGGCUGCUACGUAGAUUUCAAAGGAGAAAUCAUACUGGAAAGAAGAGAAUUUCAUCAAGAUUUUGAACUGUUCUUACCAACCUUUGCAUGUCAAUGCGGGGAGGAAGUGAAAUCCCAAAACAAACGUUCGGGUGAAGAGAUGUAUACAGGCUUUGCACUCCAAACGGACUACGGAUAUAACUGGGUCUGCAGAGGCACAAAGAAAGAUGAACUAGCUGCGCUUAAACAUGGUGGAAAUUGCGUGAUGAAAAGUACAACUGAUUUGUGUGAAGAUGCAGAUGAUGUUUGCAUUGGAGUAGGAAAGGACUCAACAUUUGCGUUUCAUUUCAAAGCAGACAGCGGUCUUACAACAUGUGACCGUAAUUACACCAGAGUCGGCUGCUACGAUAAAAGAAAUCCUAAAGUUGAAGAUCUUCUUAUCUUUGAUCGGUACAACAUAAAGUGGGAUCAAAUUAGAGACUACAUGCACCACCUUGCUUGCAAGUGUCGUGCGGCUGCUGUGUUAGCAAAUACGCUGGCUGGUGGUGAGAAGUAUACUGGAUUUGCCCUUCACUAUUACGGGGAAUGCUACGGACGAACACAGGAGGAUCUUGACAAGUACAGUUUGCAAGAGCAAUCAAAACGUUGCACGGGAGAUGAAGAGUACAAUGGAUGCACCGAAGAACACAAAGAGUGCCUGGGACAUGAAUAUUCAGAAUUUGUUUACAAGUUAUAAGUGACACUGAAGUAGCUUAUGAAAGCAUGUCAAAAACAAAACAUCAGCAGAAAAAAAACUACAAAAAAUAAUUGAAAGAGCAUAUAUCGGUUCAACGUUGUAAAUCGGUGUUACUAGUUUGAAAAUAUUAAAGCCAAUAAAAAGAUGUGUCAUUUUAGUCAGUUUUGUCUUAGUUGGUAGUUAACAAAAGACUUCUCUUUUCUAAGGGAGAAAUUUUGUUUGGUUUCAAAUGCAUUUAACCAUAGGGUGUCAUCAUCAUUAAAUUUUAAAAACAGAGUUGCUAAACUUUGAUUUAGAUUUAGUCCAACAUUGAUGUGACCCUAAUCGUCUUCAGGAAUAAUUUUACCAGAUAUUGUCAUGCUUGAUAUCAAACAAAGGUACAAAAAAAGCAGCGUACAAAAGAAAAAAAUACAACUUGACAUAGCAUGCAUUGUAAAUGAUUAUCUUUAUUCGCAAUCAGAAUUUUUCAUAGUUUUAGAAAUACUCUGAAAACUUUCACUACAUGUAACAUAUCUUAGCCAAUCUUCUAUCAGAUGCGUUUAAAUAGGCCUAAGCUCUUUUAGGAAACCAAUGCAAUUGAUAAAAUGGAUGCCAUAUUUUGAGAAUACAACAUAUUUUCACGCUAUGUGGAAUGGCG